UUUUGAUCACAUUUCUGUUCAGAAAUCUCGACUCAAAAUGGAUGCCGGGGCUUUGAGAACUGUUAACGGACAGACCGGGACGCUUGUGCUGGAUAUCAACGGCCAAGUGUUGUCCGCUACGGGUGAACUACGAGGAACCUCCGGGGAGAUCGCAGCAGAAACCAUCUACUCAAUGCUGCAGGACUCAAGCAGCGUGCUGGACGCCAGUCAAAAGGAGGAGCUACAGCGCAUGACCAUUACCUUCCCGACGUACGACUACGUCGUAACGCUGGAUGCCGAGCAGGUCUACGUGGUCAAGCGUAGCUCAGUCCAGGAUUAAGGAAAAUACACUUGGAGAUGAAUUCACGUAAUUUAACGUUUUUAUAUCAUAAAAUGUAUUAAACACGAUGUCAGUUGAAGGCUAGUCUUCCAAC